AUGCUUUCGCCUGUGGUCUAUUCGGUCAAAGAUGUGGCCGGAUAUCUGAAAGAAAAGCUGGAAUCUGACAAUCUCCUGUCGAACCUCACUGUCCAGGGUGAAAUCGCGAAUCUUCGUACCGUUGCCAGCGGACAUUCAUAUUUCAGCCUGCGGGGCGACGGCAACAGUAUCAGAUGCGUCAUGUUUCGCGGCCGUGCCGGCCAGGAAUAUCUUGAAUCUGGUCAGGAAGUGCUGGUCGGUGGAACCUUCACCUUUUACGGCCCGUCCGGUGAAGCCAAUCUGCAGGUAGCCGCGGCGCUGCCAGUCGGUUCGGGAGCGCUGGCGCUGGAGUUGGUGCGGCUCCGCCAGCAGCUGGAAUCUGAAGGAUUGUUCGAUCCGUCUCGAAAGCGUCCGCUACCGGAAUUUCCAGGCGUAAUCGGCGUGGUAACCUCCCCCAGCGGAGCGGUUUGGCAAGACAUACAAAACGGCGAACGCGCCGCAGGCCAAAUUGCUGCCGCAAUCUCCCGGCUCAAUGAUGAAGGCGCCGCUGACGUCAUCAUCGUGGCCAGAGGAGGCGGUUCCCUCGAAGAUCUUUGGUGCUUCAAUACCGAAGAAGUCGGCCGGUCAAUUUUCGCCAGCGGCAUACCGGUCGUAUCUGGAAUCGGGCAUGAAACUGACCACACCAUCGCAGAUGAUGUAGCGGACAGGCGCGCUCCCACGCCAUCCGCCGCAGCAGAACUGGCUACUCCGGAUAGAUUGCAGUUGCUAUCCAAUAUCCUGGGCGGAUUGCAGCAAUCGGAAUCGGCGAUGACAAACCGAAUCGCCCGCCUGCGGAACUCGUGCGCAUUGACCAAUCAACGACUGGUUCGAAGCGCUCCGGACGUGGGGUCCCGGCGCCGUCAGGUUGAUGAUCUCGCCGAUCGGUCCGCGGCUACCUUAUUGCGGCGCAUCGACCUUAAGAAACGGGAAAUCGCGACUCUAGGCGCCAGGUUGAAUACACUGGACCCUGCCGCCACUUUGCGUCGCGGUUUUGCCGUCGUGAACCGCUACCAAAACGCCGCCGUAGUCACCGAUCCCGGGCAGGUUCCACCCGGAGAUUUGUUGUACAUCACAGUAGCUGGCGGUACGCUGGACGCACCGCCGCAACACCCCAACCGGAGCGCUCAUCCCCGGAAAUAG